UGUGUAUAAUUACUUUUUGCAACAUUUACCCAUAAAGUAGCUAUUUUGCUUGAAUUGUUUUCAGUUUAUUUACGACAGUGCACACCAACGAACUGGCCGUUUUGAGCGAAAUGUAUCAAAUUACGAAUAUAGUACUUGUGAGAUUUUUAAUAUUAUUUACCAGUUUUCCCGCUUUCCGAAACGUGUUUGUAGCAGCCGAUCCCAAUAUAAUAUCGAAAUCGCAAUGGAAUGGCGUUGAGGCGGUCAAUGAGCUCACACGACAAUCUUUGCCAGUUGGACGGGUAAUUAUUCUACACACAGCCGGUGUCGAAUGCCAAAAUGCGGACAGCUGCUCUCAGCAAGUUCGCAACAUUCAAAAUUAUCAUCUGCGGAGCUUGCAUUUCGAUGAUAUCGCCUACAAUUUUCUCAUCGGCAAUGAUGGCAGCAUUUACGAGGGACGUGGUUGGGAAUUUGUCAGCGCGGCUGUUAAAAAUUAUAAUGUUGGCAGCUUGAGUGUAGCUUUUAUUGGCACAUUCGAGAGUAGUACACCCAGCACAGAAGCCUUAGAGGCCGCCCAGGCACUAUUCGAUACGGGUGUGCGUACGGGAAAAUUAACUGAGGAUUAUAAACUUUUUGGACAUCGCCAAUUGUCAACAACUUCAAGUCCAGGCGCGACCUUAUAUGAGAUUAUCAAGCGAUGGCCACAUUGGAGUCGUACUGUUAGUUAAAAAAAAUAAUAGUUUUUUGAUCGCAUAUCGGAAUCAACAUUGCGAAAGGUUUUAAAUGCAAUUUUUAAUAUUUUAAUAAUAAUAAAAGGCUUAUUUGCUUUGAAAA